AUGGCGCCCCUCUCCGCCGCUGUUUUGAGUAUUGCUCUGGGAGCGGCCGGGCUUGUGUCCGCGCAAAUCUUCCCAGAUAUUGUCAACGUCACUAUGUGUAACUGGAAUCACUUCCGAGUGGGUGUUAUUCGGGACACGGUAUAUUUAGAUGGAGGUAUUCUUUGGUGGGCGCCAGGACGUGAAGAUGGCGGCUACGGCGCCUUGGAAAGAGAUAAGAAUGUCGACGGCGACGUCUUUACUCUCUCCCUUUCAACACCAUUCGAUACUACACGCACGAAUUUAACCUCUCUGUUUGGUCGUCUCAAACCUUUCCCGGGUGCGGGUAGUAGUCUUGCGCGAAAUUACAUGGAUGGUGCCAUGUUUGCAAGUGAGAACGAAUUUAUACUAUACGGCGGCCUUGUUUCCCGAACAAACCCCAAUCCCCUUCCAUAUUCAGAUCAGAUUCUCUCUUACGAACGGUAUUUCUGGGGCCCCGAAGGUGUCACAACUUGGAGCCAAGGCUUUGUUGACUCGCGCACUAAUAACGAUGUAACUCGAUAUAUUACUCAUGGGGCCAGUGUGUCCGUCCCCAGUGAAAACCGAGGCUAUUACUUCAGCGGACUGCGCGGGGAAGAUUGGGGGGAGAUCUCGAUCCCAAGCCCUAAGCCAGACAGGGCGGCGAAUACCCUUAUUUCAGUUGAUAUGACUGAAUGGAGGGGCGAACAGUGGACUAAUAAUACCAAGUUCAAUGUCACUCCCAGGGGAAAGGCAGAGCUUUCGUGGAUUCCAGUGUCCGACGCCGGAGUGCUAAUAGCUGUUGGUGGCGUUCCAUACCCCGAAACCUCUCUCAGAACCCCUGUACCAACUCAAGAUCAGCAAAGGUCCAAUAAAGUUAUGGGUGAGAGCUUCAUGAAAACCGUGCCAGUAUAUGACAUCGAUUCUGGUAAUUGGUACACGCAAAACACUACUGGUGAACAUCCUCCUGCGCGUAGUGACUUUUGCUCUGUCGUAGCUUCUGCAAAAGAUGGGAGCUCACACAAUAUUUAUAUCUACGGUGGCUAUGGUGGCAGCCAUCGAAAUGAAACGUCAUCCGACGACGUAUAUAUUCUUUCCGUGCCAUCUUUCGAAUGGAUAAAGGCUCCCCAGGGGCGAAGUCAACACGGAAGGCGGGGCCAUCAAUGCGUUAAACCCUACCCUGAUAAGAUGCUCGUCAUUGGUGGGAUAUUUAAAGAUUCGAGUACAUGCUUGGACGGGGGUCUUAUUCAGGUCCUCAACCUUAACUCUGUCGAGUUCCAAAAUGUCUAUGAUCCUGAGGAGUGGGAGGAGUACAAAGUUCCAGAAAUCGUGACGAGUAUAAUAGGUGGAAAUGCUGAUGGUGAUGCCACAAUGACAGAACCUCGGUUAGGGUGGGAGGAUGAGGAACUUGGUACCGUUUUUAGAAAGAAAUAUCCCAAGCCAAUCAAAACGUAUUAUCCUUAUCGUGCAACAGGAAGCCCUACCGAAACGCCCGGUGCAGCUCCGUCUGGAGGUGGUGGCCUCCCCAAGUGGGUUGGCCCGGUACUUGGUGUGGUUCUCGGACUCAUCUUGAUUACCGGUUUAGUGGUUGCUUGGCUUCUCUGGCGUCGCCGGAAGGAUAGGCGAUACGCUUCAAGUGUCGGUGCUACGAGUGAUAACAGGAAGAGAAUUAUGCGAUGGAUCUACGGAACAGGCGCGCCGCCAGGCAAGAACAUCGAUGCGACCACGACGACGGCGACCGAUCCAGGGUUGCCUCCCGAGAAACAUUUGUCAGCCCAAUAUUCGGAAGCUGGCAAUGAAUCUGUACUCACACCUCAUUCGAGAUCUGCCAUUGUAUAUUCCGAUCUCAAUGAAGCGGCAAGCUCUCCAGUACAUGAACUACAAGAUAAUUCCAAUCCAGCGCUAGGCGCCACAGUCAUCGCACCCUUGGAACUCCCUACCGAAUAUAAUGAAUCCCCAAUCUCCUCACGACCUCGAUUCCCUAGCGACGCAGAGAGCUUUCUUAGCCCCGUUUCUCCAGAGCCAGGUCCCGUUUCUCCGCCAGUCAGUCCGCCUCCUGAAAGUACUCCCAGGCAACCAACACAUAACCGGCACAAUUCAUCCCUAUCAAGUACAGGUUUCCAGGCAACAUUGAAUAACACUAUGACGAGUGACAAUAAUAAUCAUGCUAGAGCUAUUAAUGAAGAAGAGGAUAUGCGGCGAGGCCAUUUUGUGUCAGGCAUCACAGAAGAUUUCUCAUCUGACUCUGAGUCACGCCAUGAAGGGGAGCCGGAGUUCAAGACAUGGUGAUGAGGACGUCUCAUCUGACAUUCAAAUCUGUGUUUCAUCCCCCCCACAAACUGUUUUAAUGACAUAUUGACCCCA